UCGUGUCACCUUUUGGCGGUUUCAAGUUUUAACCUUUUUUUCAGUUUCACUCUCUCACUCUUCUCUCUCUCUUCAAUUUAACACUGAGACAGAGUGAGAGAUUCGAUUCGAUCUUCAAACCUAUUUCUUCAUUUUCUCUCCUUUCUUCCAUAGGUUAGAUCUCGUUCUUCUCUAUCUUUUUAUUUUCUUCUGAGUUUAGGGAUCGAUUUCUUCGAGGAUGAUAUUCAAGAGAAUAUGAGAUGGAUCGGGAAGAAUAUUUGCGGAAGUGUUCCAAUAUGAAAUGCCAAAGAGUUCAGGUGGAUGAAUCAUAUGCGCCUUCACUUCAAGAUGAUGAAAUGGAAGUUGAGCAUUUGCAUGCAGAACCUAGAAAUGAGCAUGGUUCAAUGGAUGGCAAUUUGGCUUCUCAUAUAGCUCUGAAUGACAAGGAUGAUUUGGAACUGGAGGUCCUUGAUGGAUUCCUGGAUGAUGUUGAAAUCGGUGAUCUUGAAGGAACUGUUGGUUUUUCCGAUGCAUGUGGAGGGUUUUUCUUGGAUUUUGAUUUUGCCACCGACGUUGAGGUACUAGGCUCUGGUGCUUAUGAAGACUCGCUUUUGGAAAACUCAAAUUCAGAAAGUCAUUCCCCAGGUUUUAGUGGAAGUAGCACCGCUGGUGGGAUAUCAGAUUCAACAAAUGUACCCAAUAAUUCACAAUCUAAAUGCAAAAAUGAUUCUUUAGAUGAGACAGUUACCUACGAUACACAUGGAGUAAGGAGCAAUCCAAGUCAGCCAUCAAACAUAGAUUGCAUGUACAACAUUUCACUUGAUAUACAGCAUCUGCAUGAGUUGAACAAUGAUCAUUCUUUAGCUGGUGGUAUAUUGUCUUGUAAGAAGGAAAAUAUUACUGGUGAACUAUUCCGACCUGCUCCAUCUAGAGAGAAGAGAUUCCGAAAACCUACUCAGAGGUAUAUUGAAGAAUCUUCAAAUGCGAGAUCAAAAGAAAAAGUACCAACUACUGGUGCAAAAUGUAAACGACGUAGUUUGUCAUCAUGUAAUGAACUUCAUGUAAGAGUUAAAGGAUUAAAAAAGAUUCCAUGCGAGAAGUCGAGUAAUGGUAAUAGUGAUGUGACGCUUUCUGAGUUGCAACGUCGCAAGAAGAAUCCAAAGAAAGAGAAACUUGAGUAUGGCAAUGAGCCAUCUUCCUUAGAGGAGUUUGAGGACGAAAAUUUGGCACCAAAAAGAUGUAGAACAAAAGAUCGUAGAAAGCAGCAAAGGAUGUGGACAAUCGCUGAAGUGACGAAGUUGGUUGAUGGCAUAUCUGAAUACGGAGUUGGUCGAUGGACUGAUAUACAGAGGUUUCUGUUUUCUUCAAGUUACCGAACUCCCACAGAUAUCAGGGACAAGUGGCGUAACCUUUUAAGAGCUAGUUCAGCACAGAAAUUCAACAAGAAAGAGGGUGAGCAAAAUGACAAGAACGGCCCCCGUCUCUUACCUUUUAGUGUGGCAAGCCGAGUUCUGGAGUUGGCUAAAGUUCACCCAUACCCAAGGCGCUCAAAGAAAUCACGCGAUAGGCAAGUUGGUUCUUCUGUUAUUGAAAGCAAAGAUUCUUCUGCUGUUAGUUUUGGCAGAAGAAAUGUACGUAGGAAGAAGUGUACUUAGAAUCUUGUAAAACAGUCCAGUGAAUUCAUAGUCAAAAGAAUGUUGUUGAAAUUUAGGUAUGACAUUUGCACAAUUUUGUACUUUCAAGUAAUUUCUGCUUGUACAUCUACAGAGGCAUAGAAAUUUCAAUCUGUAAACGUGAGGAAUCAUUGGUUAGCCUUCAUAAGUUUGCAAUCCUUAAUGCCUAACCCCUUCAAUAUUAUGAUUUUCUUGGUAAA